CGGUCUGCGCAGCGCGCCGGGCCGGGCCGGGUCGGGCAGGCUGCAGGAGCGUCCGCGGGUCCCGGAGCGUCGGCAGCAGCUCGGAGCAUCUAUUGAAGAUUGUGUCAAAAUGGAUCGUGAGUAUAUGACGAAGGUCAACCGUUACGGUCAAAUACAUAAAUAUAAAGUGGAUUACGACACCAUCAAAAAAACGGGCCCAGAUCAUGAUCCUGAGUUCACAGUUGUUGUCAAAAUAAAUGGUGAGGAAUAUGGUAGAGGCACUGGUAAAAGUAAAAAAGAAGCGAAUGCAGUAGCAGCAAAAGAAACAUGGGAAAUGAUUGAGAAACAGCCUAAGAGUCCCUCAAAUAUGGCAGCUGCAGAUUUAACAACAGCUCAAACAACCUCAACAACCUCAUCACCUGCGCCAGAUAAGGAUUAUAUCAGCCUAUUAAAUACUUUUUCACAAAAGACGGGUUACCGAGUUUAUUAUCCUGACAAAAAUUGUACUGGAGAUCCCCAUGCUCCCAUGUAUUCUAUUAGCUGUACAAUUGAUGGUCGUUUGUUUGGAAAGGGCACUGGACCUUCCCUAGCUGCUGCAAAAAAAGCUGCUGCAAAGGAAGCGUAUAAGAAGAUGGAAACCGAAAGAUCUUAUAACAGUAAUUCCUCUCAAGUGCCAGCUGAGUCUGACUCAGAUAAAAACACCAUUUGCUUUGCUGAUUCAUCUGCAAAGUUGGUAGAAAAGAUGAAAGACAUGGCAAUAUGUGAAAAGCCUUCACCUUUUCAGAGAAACGCACCAAGUUCUGUCCUGAAGGCCAGAACUGAAAGAAAAUUGGCAGCUAAUUUUGCUAAUGUAAGAAACAAGGAAGAGGAAAAAAAUAUGUCAGAUUCCAGUGAAGGUUUGCCAGAUGUGGACACAAAUACUGGAAAAGAGAAUGGGAGACCACACACGGUCAAUAAAACAUUUCUCGAACUUUUUGAAAAAAUAAAGCCUAUUGGUGCAGGUGGUUUUGGGAAUGUUUUCAAGGCAACAUCGAAGUGUGAUAAGACAACCUAUGCCAUCAAACGAGUUGAAUUCACAGACAAAGUAGAGCGUGAAGCACAAGGACUGGCACGACUUUCACAUGAGAACAUAGUGCGCUAUCAUUGCAGCUGGAAAGGGUACGACCAUAUCAAGUACUCAGGCUCAAGCUGGAAUUCAGACCAAGAAAUUCUCUGUCUUUUCAUCCAAAUGGAAUUCUGUGAACAAGGGACAUUGGAAGACUGGAUUAUAAAAACUACCAAAGAUCGAAAGUAUCAUGAAAUGGCACAAAACAAUUUUUUACAAAUAGUGAAAGGAGUGGAAUGUAUUCAUUCUGAAGACUUAAUUCAUCGAGACCUCAAGCCUCAGAAUAUAUUCAUAUCACAUGAUAAUAAAAUAAAAAUAGGUGACUUUGGUCUUGUGACUUCUGUGGCAUUUGAGACUCUGACUGAAAACAGAGGAACAAGAUCGUAUAUGGCACCAGAACAGACUGGGGCCAGAUAUGGAAAGGAAGUAGAUAUUUAUGCAUUGGGAUUAAUUUGGUUUGAAAUUCUUUCAGCGAUCACUGGUCAUGAAAAAAGUAAGAUAUGGUCUUCUGCUAGAAAAGGUGAACUUCCAGAGUCCUUCAACAAGAAAUUUCCCACAGAGGCAUCCUUAAUCAGAAAGAUGCUUUCAACAGACCCUUCAGGAAGAAUCACUGUAUCUUAUUUACUUGACCUUCUUAAGUCUGUUCAUAAAAAGAAGGCACUUGGAAAUUAUUCUCAUUGAAUGUCCUUUCACACUGUGUUAAAUCCAGAGUUUGAUGAAUUUAUUACAAUUGAUGAAAUGACAACAGAUGUCAGAAGCAACAGCAAGACUUGGGGUGUGUCUUGGCCACUUCACCAUUCACAUCUGCCAGCUGCAACCAGGACAGGGCAAGUCUGCAAGAAAUCACAUGCAGUUUUUAUCUGGAAACAUAGGUUGUGGAUGAGCUGGACUGUUUUGUACAAUAAGUACCCACUCCUUUUCCCCUCCAAGAUCAUGCUGAUGUGCUAAAGUGCUAACUGGGUUGUGCCAAAUCCCUGCAUGUGCUGCACCCAUUAUCCCUUAAGGUUAUCUAUUGUAUUCCAUGGAAGAACUGCUGUCUGGUGGUAUGUGACUCAAACCUUUCUGAUUUGUUCAGUGAUAUUGUUAAUAAUUACUAGAAUGCUCCAUUAGUACCAAUACUAGUUUUGGCAGAAAAGGAAAUAGGUGCACGUUAUUCUUCACUGAAUUUCAGCAGUUAAGUUUUCUAUCUCUUCACAGCUGCUGAUGACCUAGCACCUUUAGUGCUCUAGAAUUUAAACUUGUAAAAUGAGGAUUUCUUUAAAUGUUAAACAUUCAGCUUUUAGGAAAUCAAAUUUAGAACAAAUCUCAAUUUUUGAAAACUUUAGGUUUUUAUGGUUGUUUUUUUUGCAAAGGAACAUUCAAGGUGCUAUUAAUAUAGGAAAAUUCUCCUCAUUAUAAGAAAAUUGCCUCAGUAGUAACCAUUCGAAAUCCUAGGCUGAAAGAGCACUUUAAACAUUCCCAUGCUUCCAGGUUUUAGUUCCUUAUUGUAAUACUGAGGCAUGCUUAACCCUUAAUAACUGUACUUAGCACCUCUGGUGUGCCCACUGCCAGCCCCACAAAAGGGAACGGCAGGUUCUCUGCUACUCUUCAUUUGUGAAAAGACAGGUGCUUGUCUUUGAGCUCUAUCUUGUCAAACUGUUCACUGUCAACAUAACCCCAUAAGGGCAAAUGAGCAGAGAUUUCUAAGCAAAAAAAUAGGUAAUAUGUGAAGUACUGUAUGCUUUUUCUGAAACGCUGAAUGGGUUAAAAGUGGGUGACUGCUCUAAAAGAAAUAGUGCAGUAUUUAUAUUCUUAGGGAAAUUACUGAUGUUCUGGUGCAAGUAUUUGUUGCUAAAUAAGAAUGUGAUGGUAUAAUUUUUAAGGCCUUACACUGCUUUCUUUUUUUCUCUUUAUCAUGAAUGACAUAUAUAGAAUCAUAGAAUGGCUUGGGUUGGAAGGAACCUUAAAGAUCAUCCAAUUUCAACCCCCCCCUGCCCCAGGCAGGGACACUUUCCAGUAGAUGACAUUACUCAAGGCCUUGUUUAACCUGGCUUUGAACACUGCCAGCAAUGGGGUAUCCACAGCUUCUCUAGGAAACCUGUUCCAGUGCUUCAUCAUCUUUGUAGUAAAGAAUUUCUUCCUAAUAUCUUAUCUCAACCUUUCACUUUGAAGCCAUUCACCCUUGUCCUGUCACUACAUGCCCUUGGAAAAAAUCCCCUUCCAGCUCUCUUGGCAGCCCCCUUUAGGUACUGAAAGGCUUCUCUAAGGUCUCUGCAGAGCCUUCUCUUUUCCAGGCUGAACAAUUCCAACUCAAGCAACUUCAUUUGCCAGUUCCCUCAGGACCAGUGGAUGCAUGUCAGCAGGUCCCAUGGACUUGUGAACCUCUAGGUUCUUCAGGUUUUCUGGAAUCUGAUCUUCUCCUUGACAUCCCUGGCCAGACUGAAUUCCAUCAGGGCUUUAUGCUUUCCUAACCUUAUCCUUGACUGGAAUUCAUAAAGUAUUUCAUUAUGCUAAACUAAUUAGUAUUUCUUUGCAGUGGUCAAGAUCUGUGAGAAAUUAUAUAUCCUUACAGACAGAAUACUAC